AUGACGGACACAGGGGCGCAUCCUGGUGUGCGAAGCUUGCUGGCCAGAUUCGAGAACAAUAAUCAAAACAGCACCGCCUCUCCACCUCCGCGUGGUCGAUCGCCGAUCGGGUCGGAUCACGCAGGAACCUCACGGCCUCUCUCCAAGGUGCGCGCAAGUUUCAUAUCCGUGGAUAGAGCGUCUCAAGGAAGUCCGGUCUCGGGGCUCAGGAGCCCAGGCAGUCCCAUCGACGGUGUGGCGCCUCCAUCUAGGGUGAGAAGUUUCAACUCGGAAGACUUCGAAGCGGUUCUAAAGAGCUCUGACUCCUCGUCUUCUCCGAGAAACGGUCUCAACGCCGCGGAAAAGCCUGCUGCUGAUCAGCCUCCAAAAAAUGCUUCGACCGAGACCCUGAAUAAGGCACAAACAGCAACGCAAACCAGCGCUGGCGAUGUGUCCCAGAGGGAGAAGACAAUGUCGGCACCACAUACCUCAACGGAGACAGCCCCAGCUAAGCCAGCACAUAAGCCGACGAAAGCAAUUACCAAGCGACCUUCGAACGUCCACAUUGGCAAGACUAACUCUGCUACCAAAUCAUCGUCCGCGGCUGCCCCAAGAUCGCCAGCCCAUCCACGCACACCAACCUCUCCCGCUAAACCGAGCACCGACAGGACCUCUAGACUGGCGCACUCUGCCAAGGCAGCCGCGACGAAGGAUGACCACACUGCACCUACUCGAACUGCAGCCCACAAGCCGAGUCGGGUAUCUCUGAAUACUACAACCAAGACUGCCACACGCCCCGUCCGUGCUUCAAUGCCCGCGCGCGAAUCCACCAAGCCAGCCACGACCGAUGACAGGAAUACCCGCCCCAAAUCACCGGCCAGGCCCCCCCGCCUGCCACCAUCGAAGACGGCUUCUUCUCUAUCCUCUACCGCCAAAGGAGGGGCCGGCCCCGGCCUGACCAGGAAGCCAUCCACUCUGAAGAAAGCGGUCAAUGCCAGUCAAUCGCGGGCAACGACACCCACGGCUGCCAGUGUUCGUAAGCAAGCGUCUCGCCCGUCUCCUCCUGGCCAUUCAGGUACCGACCGCCCACAUUCUCGGGCUAGCAACGCAAGCACCAAGCCGGUCGAUGAUAGCUUCCUAGCUAGAAUGAUGCGUCCUACGGCAAGUUCCGCCAGCAAGGUACAUGAUAAAGUCGAAAUCAAAAGCCCUCCUCCAACUUCCAAGCCUGCCAGAGCCCCCAGAACAGUCGCCUCCAGGACCGAUAUUCGAGCAGCUCGGCCGCCGAAAGAGAAAACCGAGUCAGAAAAGAAUAAGAGAGACAAGGCGCACCCUGCCUCCUCUGUACCGCCAGAUUCUAAAAAGGAAUUACAAGCUGCUCCAGUAUUGAAAGAGGCCUGCGAAGAGCAAGAUGUAAAGCCUGAGGCUGAUGUCUAUGACCAAGCGCCCAAGCCAGUCUCGGAAGAUGUUGAAAAGCCUGUCGAGGAACCCACAGCGAGCGCUGAAGUCGAGAAGGAGUCAGAAGAAGAUGCCUCCAUUGAGCCUGUGACCACUCCCACUUCAGAUGCGCCGCUUGGAGAGACUGCGACAUCCAAGGUUGAUGAACCAGCUGAACAGUCCUUGGAAGCAAUUGCCGAGCAAUCCGCAGAUGUGGAUCAAAAGAAGACUGAGGAAUUGGUUACCCCAGUCUCUUAUACAGUCGUUUCAGAGACAGUCGAAGCUUCAGCAGAGGAUACUAGCAACCCUGCUCCCGUUGAGGCAAAGGAACACUUGGCAAGUGAACUUCCCGCUGAGCCUGAAAUGGAACAGCUGGCCGAGCACUCUGUAAUCAUCCCAGCUGAAACGGAACCCAAGACCGAUGACGUCGCUGUUGAGAUGGAGAAUCUGACCAUCAGUUAA